GGGCGGGUUCAUUCUGCGGUCAUGUGACGCGUUGUUUGUAGCCGAAACCCGGAAGUGGCAGUGGCAGCUAGAUUUGUGAGAGCGAGAGUGACGGGUGUGCGGUUGGCAGAGUGGAUGCCAUGUGGCGGCCUCACGCCUGGUGGAGCGCUGUACGGUUGAAGCUCCGAAGAGGGGACCAACCCCCGUACCUGAGCGAUGACGCCGGCUUUGACUACCCGGAUGAGGUGGCAGCGGAGGACGAGCUCCCCCACUUCAAUAAGCUGCGGGUGCUGGUGGCGGAUGACACCCCCGCCGUUAAUGGCGGCCCCCUGACCGUGUCCUCGGAUGAUGAUUCUCUGCUCGAACGUGAUACCCCGCAGCCCCGGGCAGAGCCAUGCGAGGGCUGCCGGCAGGAACGGGAGAGGAGGAGGCAGAGCCUGGUGAAGAAGAGGCUGGGGCUAGCGGCGGGCCUCUACCUGCUCUUCAUGGUGGCCGAGCUGAUCGGUGGUUAUAUUGCCAACAGCCUUGCCAUCAUGACUGAUGCACUUCAUAUGCUUACGGAUCUUAGCAGUAUUAUUUUGACCUUGCUUGCUCUCUGGUUGUCGGCUAAAUCUCCAAAUAAGCGUUUUACCUUUGGAUUCCAUCGCUUAGAGGUUCUGUCGGCCAUCAUCAGUGUAUUACUGGUGUACGUUCUCACUGGAUUUCUGCUGUAUGAAGCCGUUCAGAGAACAAUUCACAUGGACUACAACAUUAAUGGAGAUGUGAUGCUGAUAACAGCUGCUGUCGGUGUUGCCGUAAAUCUCUUAAUGGGAUUUUUGUUAAAUCAAGCUGGACAUCCUCAUUCACACUCCCAUGGCAGUCCUACGAAUCCAGCCCCCAGUGCUCACGGACAUAGCCACGGCAACAGUCACGGUAGCCUGGCGGUACGUGCUGCAUUUGUACAUGCGCUCGGAGACCUGGCUCAGAGCGUUGGUGUCCUCAUAGCUGCUUAUGUAAUUCGUUUCAAGCCAGAAUACAAAAUUGCUGAUCCGAUCUGUACCUACAUAUUCUCUGUACUCGUCCUUUUCACCACAGUGCGACUUGUAAGGGACACGGUACUUAUUAUACUUGAAGGCGUUCCAAAGCACUUAAAUGUGGAUCAAAUCAAAGAUGACUUGAUGAAAAUAGAGGAUGUGUAUUCAGUAGAAGACAUUAAUGUCUGGUCGCUAACCACAGGAAAGUCUACUGCUAUAAUCCGUAUACAACUAAGCCCAGGGUCAUCAUCCAAGUGGGAGGAAGUGCAACACAAAGCCAGACAGAUCCUGCUCCAUACAUAUGGAAUGUACAAGUGCUUUAUACAAAUGCAGAGUUACAGACAAGAAGAGAAUGCAACGUGUGCUAACUGCUCCAGUGCCUAAGUCCUGUGGACUGCUACCUUAUUCCGCACCCUCCAGAAUACAGCAAUAUUUCUGACCUGAGAACCUAUCUGAAGAAGUGACUGUGUAUGUUGCAGUACACAUUGUCAGUAGAAGCACACUUUUUCUAUUAAAACGUGAUUCUUAGAGUACGUCUGAAGAUAGGAGAAAUACUCCAUGGUGGGCUACUAGACCAAUAUUAAAGUGCUGUUUACAGAUUUAAGCAAGUUUGCACAUACCUCAGACCUAGGGUGAUAAAAAAAAAAAAAAACGAAGCCCUGCCCUGAGAUUACAUAGUAUACUUUUGUGGUGAUCAUAUCCAGUUACUAGUUUUUAUCAGUACUGUUGUUUUUUUUCCCCC